CAGCCUUAAAAAGCGCAUGCCCAGUGCAAGCUUGAGUGGCAGCCCGUUUUCUUUCUCGCCCACAGCUAAUCUGUGCGUUGUAGCAGUGCACACGUGUACUGAAACCCUCGCUGUGCGAGCAAAGGUUUCGCUCGUGGGGAUCACAGUUGCUGUACAAUGGCCGCCUCCAGCCCGACGUCUCUGCAACCGGUCACUCACCUCAUCUUUGACAUGGACGGCCUCCUUCUGGAUACCGAACGCCUCUAUACCAUCGCGUUCCAAGAAAUCUGUGACCGUUUUGGAAAAACCUACACCUGGGAUGUGAAAUCUUUAGUUAUGGGCAAAAAAGCAUUGGAUGCAGCAGAAAUCAUUCGAGAUGUCCUGGACCUUCCAAUAACCAAAGAAGAACUACUGCGUGAAAGUAAACUUAAGCAAGAAAAAUUAUUUCCCACUGCUGCAUUGAUGCCAGGAGUUGAAAAACUAAUCCGCCACCUAUAUCAACACAACAUCCCCAUAGCUAUUGCAACUAGCUCAUCUCGAGUGACAUUUGAAAUGAAAACAAGUCGACACAAAGACUUCUUUAAUUUAUUUCAUCAUAUUGUGUUGGGAGAUGACCCUGAAGUGAAGGAUGGCAAGCCACAGCCUGAUGUGUUUCUGGUCUGUGCAAAAAGAUUUAAACCUUCUCCACCUCCAGAAAAGUGCCUUGUGUUUGAAGAUGCUCCCAAUGGGGUCAAAGCAUCACUGAUGGCUGGGAUGCAAGUGGUGAUGAUUCCAGAUGAAAACCUGAAUAAAGAACUUACAAAUGAAGCAACUCUAGUCCUCCAGUCUAUGAACGAUUUCAAGCCAGAACUCUUUGGUUUACCACCAUUUCUUUGAGAACAGUUUUUUAAAAAAAAUUAGCUAUCCUUAUUUGGGGUAAAUGUGUGUCCAUAAUCCCUAUAGUAAUAAUAUGUUCCAUUUUUGUUAUUAAAGUUUACUACACAACUUGCAUUCAAA